UAAAAGGUGGGCCAAGUCAAGCGCAGUUGAUUGAUUCUUAUUCCAAAGUCACCAUGUCGGAUUUGCAGCUCCGCCAACGCCAAAUUCUCAAUCUCUUCGAGCGGGUCGCUCAACCAUUCAGUCCUAAACCGGACAUCGUUUUUGAAUUGCCGGAAUUCGUCUUUCCAUCUGAGCCUGGUUUGGUUCCACCAGCCGGGUCAACUAGGCCAUCUCCCAGCCCACCUGCUGAUGUCUUGAAUAUCCCCGAAUUGGAGCUGGUUAAAACGGUUCCGCGUGGCAGGUUAUUUUCAUCUUUUCAUCCAGCGCACCGAGCAGCCGCCUACGCACUCGUUAGGAUCUUUAAGAAUGCUCCGACGGUGGCGGAUAUGCUGAAUUUAGCCGCCCAUCCAGACAUUCGUGAUCAAGUUAACGAGCACAUUUUCGUGUUCGCCUUGUCAGCUGCCCUCAUUCAACGACAAGACUCUCGUUCCCUACGCACACCACCCAUCUGGGAAAUCUUUCCCGGGAAAUUCUUCGAAACUAGAGUCAGAAGUGAAGCGCAAACGACUGUCCAGCAGCAACUCAAGCAGUCUUCCGUGACAAAACCCAUCAUUAUUGAUAAAAACUUUGCAGCGACAGACAGAGUUGUGGAGAAUAAGCUGUCAUACUUCCGAGAAGAUUUGGGUAUCAACAGUCAUCAUUGGCAUUGGCACUUGAUUUUUCCGGUGGAAGCGACGGCAGAUAUUGUCAAUCCGCCAGAUCGUCGUGGCGAGCUUUUUUAUUACAUGCACCAACAGAUUUUGGCUCGUUACGAUGCAGAGAGAAUAGCUAAUGGCUUGGCCAGAGUGACGUCAUAUCACGACUGGGAUCAGCCCAUUUUGGAAGCAUACUUUCCGAAACUGACGACUGCCAACGGUGCCAUUCACUGGGCAUCCCGACCGUCUGGGCUCGUUCUAAAGGACAUCAAUAUCCCCGACGAAGGGGUUGAACUCGGUAUCGAAUUUCACAUUGAUGAUCUAGAACUAUGGCGCACCCGCAUCCUUCACGCUAUACACAAAGGCUCAGUGGUCAAGGGGAACGGUCAAGUCGUUCAUUUGGAUGAUAAAACGGGGACCAACACCUUAGGAGAACUUAUCGAAGCGUCACAAUGGUCUGCCGACAAGUUGUUUUACGGUGAUCUGCACAACUUUGGACACAUUGCAAUGUGUUACAUUCACGAUCCGGACCGCAGCCACUCGGAAAAUAUGGGAGUUAUGGGCGAUUCGGUGACAGCCAUGCGUGACCCUUUAUUUUACAGAUGGCACAAGUUCAUUGACUCGCUUUUCCAGCAAUUCAAAGCCACUUUGAGUCCGUACACCGCUCAGCAGUUGACCCUAGAAGGCAUCACGGUAAACAGCGUCGAAGUACACCGGAACCAGCCUCCCGCUCCAGGGUCAACUCGGCAGAAAAAUCUCAUUAUCACGGGCUGGCAAGAAAGUAUCGUCGAAUUAGAUCGAGGACUGGACUUUUCAAGUUCGACUCCGGUCCAAGCGCGGGUAAUGCACUUGCAGCACGAAGAUUUCUCCUAUCGAAUUAAAGUGACAAAUUCGACCAAAACGAGUCAAGAUAUUGUGUUCCGCAUUUUCCUGGCUCCCAUUAAAGACCAUUCCGGGCGUCCUUUUUCGUUCAGGGAACAACGUCUUUUAAUGAUUGAACUGGACAAAUUUGUUGCCAGGGUAACUCCCGGAGCUAAUGUAGUCAAGAGGAAAUCUGACGAUUCUUCAGUGACGAUCCCGUUUGAAAGAACUUUUAGGGACCUGGAAACAGCUGCUCCCGCAGUCCCUCUCGCUCCAGGAGGUGUCCCCACCAAUUUGCCGACCGACAGACGGACCAAUUUCUGUGGUUGCGGGUGGCCGGAUCAUUUUUUGGUGCCGCGGGGAGUGCCUAACCCAGGAAUGCCCUUCACGCUUUUCGUUAUGGCCACCAGCUGGAAAGAGGAUCGCGUUAAUGAGACUACUACUGCCACAGGCGACGACACUAAAAAGCUCUGCCGUAACGCAGCCUCUUAUUGCGGGAUAUUGGACGACAAGUAUCCGGACAAGAGGCCGAUGGGCUUUCCAUUUGAUCGCCCCCCUGAUAAAUCGAUAACCACAUUGGCCAAAUUCGUCGAAAAAUCGCCCAACAUCACGACGACCGAAAUCCGAAUUCAGUUUGAAGAUCGAGUUAUACGCCGUUUUCCCCAAUAGCCUAUUAUUCGCAUGUCCACCAGUGUGCACUCUCCUACAUAAUAAUUAUAUCCGCAUUUUUUUUUCCUCGUUCGUUUUUUGCAGUAUAUACUAGCAAUAUAAUCUCUUAAGCAUUUGAUAGCAUGAAAGCGAACAACAGAAUGGCUGAUUCUUGGAUUUCAUUUGUACCGCUGGAAGCGGAUGUUGUGGGACGUCCGUAAUUCCAUGGAAAAGAAUUUCAAGGUAAUAACAUUCUUUUCGCUUUGCUCGGAAAAGUCUUGAUCUUGUAAAGAUCAGAUUUCUUUCGCUAUUCAAUACGAGAGCUUAUAGAUACGGUCGAGCAUUCUUUUCUUUAAUAAGAACUGCCUCUUUUCUCAAGGCUAUGGAGUGUAUAUACCCACAUAACAAUUGGUGCUAAAUUGCUACACAUAAUACAUUCAUUUCAUUCCCUU